AUGGGGUCUAUUCCCGAAAGCGAGAAUAGGAUACCAAUCAUCGAUAUACGAGACAGCAAUCCAGAAGCUGCUCAGCAAUUGCUCAGGGCGGCUGCCAACCAUGGAUUUGUUUACAUCGACAACAUUGGUGGGCCAGUCAAGCAUCAAGCAAUAAAUGAUGCCUUCGGGAUCUCAAAGCGUUUCUUUGCAUUGCCACCAGAAGUGAAGCAAACCGUGGCUAUCGGCAGUAACAAGGCGGGUGGAAACUAUGGAUGGCUGAGCAGAGGGGUGGAAAAACUGGAUCCGGCAAUGCAGAAGCGGCCAGAUGUUAAGGAAGCCUUCAAUAUUGGCGAGCCCGUCCACGGCGUGUUGCAACAACCCGUGCCUGCACAGCUCGCCGCAGUGGCACCACGGAUUGCACUCUUCCAGCAGAGUUGCCACGAACUCUGUCUCAAGAUCUUCGAACUCCUCGCAAAAGCUCUGAGUGUACAGCAGGACUGGUUUGUCUCACGCCAUAACUCGAACGACCUUUACCGGCCGUCUGGAAGCGUCUUCCGUAUGCUCUAUUAUCCGCAAGUGGAAGAUCAUGAAGAAGGCGUCGACAUUCGUGCUGGUGCUCAUAGUGAUUUCGGUAGUAUCACCUUGCUUUUUCAACAACAAGGUCAGCCUGGUCUGGAGAUCAAGACACCAAGUGGCGAUUGGAUUCCAGUUCUCGUUGAUCCUCGAGAUCCAAGCAAUGGCGCUCCCCGGCAGACGAUAGCAAACACGAGGAACUUCUCGGAUAUAUUCAUACAAGCAAUGGAGAAAGCCAGCUACCUGCGAGAACACGAACGUUAUGACUUUCUGAUUUUCAUGCACCAGUACAGCCAAGAUAAGGAUACCGAAGCUGUGCUUAGCAAGAUGGUCACAAUGUUCCAAGACCGCCCAAUUAUUCUCAACAAGUUCAACAUGUUUCUACCACAAGGAUACCAGAUCGAGUGUCCCGAGACUGCUACAGGUGUGAUUGAGAUUUUUACGCCGCUGGGAUUGAUAGCACCACCCCUACAUAUGGGCCGAAACAGAUCUGCUGUUGUCGCGCGAUGGGAACCGCCCAUCCUGCCGAUCCUCGUGAACGUGGGUGACCUACUCGAAGACUGGACAGGCGGUCUGCUCAAGUCGACCGUUCACCGCGUCAUCUUCCCCAAAGAUGGUGGCGAAGAUAGAUACAGUCUCGCCUACUUUUGCCAUCCUCUCGAUGAUGUGCUACUGGAGCCGGUACCAAGCGCACUCGUACAGAAAUACAUGAAGCAGACUGGUAAGAAUGGUUCGAGGGAUGGCAGGGCAAUGACCGCGAAGGAUCACUUGAUGGCGAGAUUGGCUGCAACGUACACCAUCGAUUCCGAGCCAGCCGAAAGACGGGACUCGCCUGUACGAGAACCGGGACAGGUCAUGGAGGAAGUCAAGGAAGAGGUGCUAUCUGCUUGA